AUGUUUUUCCUUUUGAUCCUAAUCAUUCCAUUUCUUCACUUUACCCCCAACACAGCCAUCCCCCAUGUUCAGCCCCACCCAAACACAACCAUUGUGGCACCAAAAGCUAGUCGUGGCUUCAGUGUUCCACUGUACCACCGAGCUAUGCUUUACAGAGAGGAAUUCAACCUUACAAAGGCCACUAGUUCCAACUAUGAUGCUCAAAAGACAAUGUUCACCACCGGCCUCUAUGACAGGUUAAACGGUGCUUAUGUGGCAUACUUGAUGGUUGGUGACCCUCCUCAACGCCAAGCACUACUGUUAGACAUCGGCAGUGACCUACUUUGGGUGCAGUGCCAACCAUGUAUUACUUGUUUUAAUCAAACCGACAACCUUGAGUUCGAUCCAAAAGAAUCUUCUUCUUACAGAGAGAUUUCUUGCAACUCCGCACUAUGCAACCAUGACGAAAAUUAUAUCUUUGGUUGCGAUGGCACAAUUGAUAGAACUUCAAAAAACGAUUGCAGGUUUCAAAUAUUGUAUGCUGAUGGUUCUAUUGCCUCAGGGAAAAUGAUCACAGAGACCUUGGGAUUUUUCUCGGAUGUUAGGACCCUGGAGAACAUAUUAGUGGGAUGCGCUAAUAACAAUCUAGGACACUUCGACGAAGAGACGAGUGGCAUUCUUGGUCUUGGCCUUGGUUAUUACUCGUUAAUUAACCAACUGAAGGUGACCAACUUUUCCUUUUGUCUGCCAGGUCCAGACUUCAUUUAUGGCUCCACAUUAGACAUGUUCUACACCGAGCCCGAAAAGGAUAACACCAUCACCGUACCUUUGCUUCUUAAUCCGCUUCACCCCAGCCACUAUUUUGUUGGUUUCCAAGGAAUUAGCUUGAACGAUCAAAUGGUUCCCAUUCCAUCAUCUUACUGGGAAUUCAGCACCGACCCCGAAUCUAAUAUUGAUGGUGGUAUCUUGGUUGAUUCAGGAGCCUCAGUGAGUUGGAUGCCGACACAAGUCUAUGAAAUUUUCAGUACAAAUUUCGUGCAACUCACCAAUAUGAUCCAGGAGAAACCCCCAUACUCCACAACAUUCAACACCUGUUUCUCAACCAGGUCCACAUCCAGAAGUGUCCCUGAAGUCAAAUUUCAUUUCACCAACGCCUACUCUCACAUUAACAAUGGAGCAGCUGUUCUGGAGGUAUUCACUUCAAAACAAACCUGA